AUUUCAGUGUAAAUUGUACUAUUACAAUUAAAUACUCCAUCCAUUGAGGACAGAAGUGAUGCUAGACUGAGGGUGACAUCAUGUUUUUCUCCAUGAGGGUGUUUGUCAUUUUGAAUAUCAUCAUUGCUUUACAUGCUGCAGCAGCUUUAAGCCCUUUAAAUAACUGGCCUGGUGUGUAUGAGGAUCUGCAGUGGCGAGCCAAGCUGUGUUGUGCCCUGACUUCUAAUGGAAAGGCCAGCGAGGCCAGUGUUCACAAUCAGAGCCUCAGUCACAUCACCAGCCUUCAUCAGUACCAGUGCUACAUCCAAAACUCCACAACCACUUCAGAUGAUUCCAGUGCAUCUCAAGACGUCUCUGAAAGCACUUGCUUGGACAUCCGUUGCCAGCUCGAAGACAAACAAGCGAAUGUAAUAUGCUAUCUAAAACCUCAAAGAGCAACAGCUCCAGACGGCAGUCAGCUGAUUAUUAGCCUGCGACUGGAGUCUGAGGCAUCGCCAGAUAAAACGAACAUCACUACUCAGGUGCAGUGUGCUGGUGAAGAUGAGAUCACAUGCUCUUUGGCCCUUCACCACAAAAACAGCUCUGUCUCAUUAUCUGUUAGCGGAUUUCUCAGCGCUCAUCCUUUACUGACACCCGAAAUACACAUCAGCACUGAUCUGCUGCGGAAGCCAGACGCCCCAUUACAUCUGCGUUAUAACGUAACUAUUAACGGGGAGGUGAUGAUCGCCUGGAAUGAGUCAGAAAAUAAUAAACACCCACUUUACUACGAGCUCCGCUACUCACCCAAUACUUCUCUCGCACACUGGGAGGUGUUUAAUGUCCAGCAUCCGUGGGUGUCUUUGCGUGAGCUCACUUCUGGAGUCGAAUACACAGUUCAGGUUCGCUGCAGGAGCCUCCAUCACCUGCACUACUGGAGCGAGUGGAGCGACUGGAGCCACCCAUUCUACAUCACGCUUGAUGUGACCCACAUCCCUUCUGAAGUGUUCACCAGGCCCGGAGAAGAAGUAACGGUGUACGGUGUGUUUCACAACCACAGCUGGACUGCCAGUAAGGCUGUGUGGAUGCUGAAUGGCGAUAUACUUCCUGAAAGCCAGUACCAAAAGAUCAACGAAAGAGUCAGCGCAGUCACUAUCAGGCCGAAGGAGGCUGGCUUGGAUACACUGAUGUGCUGUUAUCCCUGGGGAGAGAAAUAUAAGUGCGGCAUUGCCUAUACCAAGGUCUAUGUGGAAGGAUACUUUGAUGCAAAUAUAACCUGUCAAACUGAGCAGCAUUUAAGAGUUGAUUGGAUGACCUGUCAAUGGAGUAAGAGUAGGUGGGUUGUGGUACGCUUCAUGUACAGUAAUAGUAAAAAUUGUGAGGAGAUACCACGUGAGGAAUUUACGGUGACAGAUGAAGAAAUCAUGGCUGGGGUUGAGGAGUGUCCAAUAGGAGCUGGAGAUUUUAACGAAUGCACUCUGAAAAACCUAAGGCUGUUCUCUUGUUAUAAGCUGUGGCUAGUGGUGGAGGGCGGCUAUAACAAAGUCAGGUCACUUCCUGUCUUUGUCCUGCCUGUAAACUAUGUGAAACCGUCUCCACCCUCAGACCUGGAAGCUGUAACUUUAACCAACAAUACACUAAGUGUAAGCUGGAAGCGCCCCGACCUGCCCGUGUAUGAUCUGCAAUAUGAGUUACGCUAUGUGCCUGUGCAGGGGAGGGCAGAUUUACAGUGGGAGAUGUUGGGCCCCCUCCUUGAUUCAUGGGCAGUAAUACAAGAACAGGAUCAAUGCAAGCAGUAUAAGGUCGAGGUGCGCUGCCGGAGAGAUAACGGAUGGGGUUACUGGAGUGAAUGGAGCAAGACUCAUGUGUCCUCAGUUUAUAGUAAUAAAGCACCAGAAAAGGGACCGGACUUCUGGCGAAUUAUAGAAGAGGAUCCUGCGAGUAACACUAAUGUAACUUUGCUCUUUAAGCCCCUUCCAGCUGAGGAGGAAGUGACCUGUGUGCAGGAACUUGUAGUCGUGCACCAGACUUCAGGGGGCAUCGUGUGGUCAGAUGACAUAACCCCAAGCUCAUUUUACACAUUCCUGUGGACAGAGGAAGUCCAUAGCAUCACUGUCAUGUCUAGUAACUCUAUGGGCUCUUCGAUUAAGAAUAGUAACAUGACUCUGGUGCAUCGACCUAAACGACAGUGUGUGCGUUGGUUUCACAAAACAGCCAAUGCCUCAUGUGUGUUUUUGUCCUGGAGCCUUGUGUGUGAUCAGCCCUUGAUCCUUUCCUUUGUUCUUGAGUGGGUGGAGGUAAUAGCUGACUCCAGCCAGGGCUGGACUUCAGCUGGAAGAUUAGAGUGGCUCAGAGUCGCUUCAACCGCCAGGGACCAUCAGCUGUGCCGGCCUUUUUAUGGCACAGAGGAGUUUACACUCUAUCCUGUGUUUGUGGAUGGUGAAGGAGAGCCAGUAAAAUGCACAGCUGUGCGAAGUGACCCUGCAGCCUACAUGCUCCUCAUGAUCAUCGCAUUCCUCUUUGUCGUCCUGUUUGUCACGUUGAUCAUCUCGCAAAACCAAUUGAAGAAGCUCAUGUGGAAGGACGUCCCGAAUCCCAACAACUGCUCUUGGGCCAAGGGGCUAGAUUUCAAAAAGUUGGACGGCAGUCUAUUCAGUCAUCAGGAGGGCCUUACUUCUUGUCCACUUCUGAUGAUGUCUGAAAAUAUGUGUGAGGUCGAGAUUGUUGAGAAACUCUUAAUUCUGGAAGAAGACCAACAGGAGAAAGCACUCCUUCAUCUUUCAAUCGAUACCGAAGGCCAAAGCAACAAUCUCUCAUCCAUAGAGGGAUCAUUAGAUCCUCUUUCUCUCGAUACGUCCACAGUAGCGGCAAGCCCUGAAACGUCAGGUCAGUCGUCUGUAACGUACACCACCGUCCUGGUAUUCGAUCAGCCUGUCCUCCAAAGGAAGCAGCAGGAGAGUCUGAGCAGCUCCAGCGACGAGGGCAACUUCUCCGCCGAUAACUCUGACAUCUCCGGCUCCUUCCCUGGAGGCCUCAGUGAGCUGGAGAGCCAGUCGUCUUCUGAUGGUGCCAUUAACCGGAACUCUUGUUCCUUUAACUCGGUGGAGGAGUUUUCUGAAACAUCAGAGCACGAAGACGAAGUUUCAGAGAGCACGCAAGUGUAUAAAGAACUCUACUACAUGGGAAUGAAUGAAGAAGAAGAUGAGUUCAAGGAGGAAGAUGAAACGGAGGAUUCCAGUUCUGAGCUGGAAUGCACGGAUUCGAAAGCCAGUGUUCUAAACUUUCCUCUCUAUCUACCCCAAUUCCGGACUGCAGCCAUUAAAGCCCUGAGAGAGACAGCGGGCAACAGCACCAUCCAGCUGUGAUCUGAGAUAUUUACUCUACCAUCUGGAAACAGGCGGCAUUGUAUGUUUUAAAUCAUGUAUAAUUCCCUGCUUCUUCCAUGAUCUCAUUCCUGACAAAGGAUAUCUGAUCUCAUGGCACAAUGUGUUGGACUAAUACAGGAUUUUACGCGGAAAGAUUGGUUUCUGAUAUCUCUCUGAUCAUCUCGUAUUUCUCGCUUACCUUAAAAAUGCGAGAAACUAUGAAAGAAACAAGUCAAAGUUUCUUUGGCUCCGUGCCUAGAUGAAACAUUUCCUGUUAUUAGAGCACAGUGUGACUGUGAAUGUCAGCCGAUGGGUUAAAUGUCAUCCUGUUAUUACUACAGUGUGCUGCUUUACAUCCUCAUCACAUGGCAGGUGCCUUGUACAGUAUGUUUGAGGGUGGAAAAGAAAUUUUGUAAUGACUAAUAUGAAAUGCUGUAAAAUGUACUAUAUACAGUAUCUGUGGCUGCAUGGGAAAACCUUUAACUUUAACAAAAAUGUUGACUUUUUUUUUUUUUUACUUAUACAGUAUACACACACACAUUAUAAAUCUGAAAACUACAGGUUUCCCUUCAAUAGUGUUUUUCAUUGUAAUUUAAACAAUUUUUUUAAUUUAUGACUCCCGAAAGUGAAAAGGGAGAAAAACUCCAUUCCAAAAAGUCCAGUGGAAAUGCCAUACCUACCUCUAUAUGGGAAGAAAAAACUACAACAUAACAACAAAUUGUGUAAUGUGCAUUAGAAAAUUGAUUGCAUUAGAAGUAAUUGGUUUUUUUAAGAUUAUCCUUUAGUCUCUCUCCGAGUGCUGUCUGCUAUGGUUUGUACAAAGUGUACGCACUUCUCAGUUUCGAUGGUGAUGGUGACAGCACCAGAGCAUCAGUUAUUCUAAGAGCCAGUAUCUAAUUACAGACUGACUUGAUUAGUGUUAUGUCUGUUAUGCCAUGGCACACUGUUGUCCAUAAACAGACCUGAGAACAGCAUAUUUAUUUAUCAGAGUUUUGGAAAUUUUUAGACUGAAUUUAAAUAUAAUUAUUUUAAUUGCUUUGUAUGCAACAUAAUCUUUGCAGGCAGAUAGCAAGGCAAGAUUAUAAAAUGUCGCAGUAUAAAAAAACAUUUGAAUAGUGCAAAUGGUUUAAAGAAGGCACUACGUAGCAUGUUAAUGACGAUCCCAGUCGAGGUGGCUCACAACCCUGUGAACAUUCAGUGAGUUAAAAAUCAAUAGAUAACUUGUCACCAAAUUGCGGAGGGAUCCAUACACACAGUCGUUGAUGCUCCUUGCACAUUACAGGAACUCAGUUGAGUUAUUGCAACAACCCCAAAUACAGUCCUUACCUCGCUCCAACCCAUUUCCACCUGUUUGUACUAUUAAAGGAGUUCCUGGAAGGCCAGUGUUUCAGAUGUGAAGUGGGAAGUCCGGUCAUGGCUCCAGCAUACUGAGAAAACUUUCUAUCUUAAAGAUAUCCAAGCACUAGUGAAACGCUGGGAUAAGUGCAUUAGUGUAGCAGGGGAUUAUGUUGAGAAAUAAAGGGAGUUUUUAAUCUGACAACUCUGCUCUGUCAUUCUGCACAAAAAAAGGCCUGAUGUGAGUUGGACACCCCUUAUAAGAGCAACAAAAAAACAUGUUUAUGGUUUGUUACUGUAAAGUAGAGAGUUCUUUAUAAUAUAACUAUUUUUCCGAGCCCGCCACACACAUACAGUAGCAGAAAAAAGGAUGUUGGUUCCUCAGGCUUCAAGAACACCAGACACUGUGUUUUUGUGGAAGACUGUAUUUAAGGUGCUUUUUUUUUAAAAAAAAAAAAAAAGCAAAUGCAAUCAUUGCCGUUUAAAACUGUUCAACAUUUAAGCUGCAUGGUUGAGUUCCUUGAAACUGUACCAACGUGACAAAUAUCGUUCUGGUUUAUUGACAUUUGAUCAGGAAUGUCUGUUGUUUUGUCAUGUGUUUACGUUCUUUGAGAUCUCAAACUUCAAAUGUGAAAUGUUCUGUUUCCAGUGUCUGUUAUUUUUGUAUCAAAACCAGUGUAUGAUGACCACUAAAUGUGACUGACAGUGAUGGAGUUUAUUAAAUUGUUAAUGUUUCUAAAGAAUGUGUGUACAGUAUAUAAAUAUUUGAUGUCUAUUUUUUUUGGUCUGAAUAAACUAU